GCUCGAUUGGCAGACAUGGCGUCGGUUCAUAAUUCGUCGGGGGGAGCUCCCAAUAAGCUCACGAAGGCGAGGAGUAAAAUGGUAAAGCCUAUCCUCAAGAAGCUUUCGCACUCGGAGAAGAACUCUCUAGACCUGGACCGCGGGUGGGAGGACCAACAGACUCACGCAUGGCCCGAUAUCUGGGAGGUUGCUAGCGCUGGCCGCUCUGCUAGGGAAGUCAGUGUUACGUUUGGCGCCGGAGGGGAUGGGGGAAGCAGCGGUGGUGUUCGAAAACUCCAGCAUGUGCGCUCUGCCAGCGGAACAUCUCACAUCUCGGUGGCAACCACCGGCAGUGGCCCGAGAGGCGGAUCUUUCAUUCACCCUUUCCAACAGACUCCUCGAACCUCGACUCCGCCGCUGUCUAUGUCGUAUGCCAAUUCCCUAGCCUCGUUUGAUAUCCCGCGCGAUUACUCGCCGACCAUUACGGAGGACGACGACGGGCCUGAUUCGGUUUCCUUCUCCCCUCUCACCGGGCCUUCAGUCUCCCAUCACCUUCACCACCACAACCACUUCUCUCAGUCGAGUCUGAGGCGCCCCUCUCUUGCGAGCCAGCGCACCUCUUCUCUGACCGACAUCACCUCGGCCACAGCUCAGCUUCGAGUGAAUACCAGCAGAUCGACCACGGGCACAUCUCGUCUCGCACAUGGGAGCCUUGCUACCUCAAGCUACUCCGACCUGCACCUCAACCACACCCUGAGCAGACUUGAUUCCCCCACCAGCAGCCUGAGCGGAGCGGCAACCGGAAACAAUACCAAGAGCAACAAUAACGAUAUCACUAUCUCCACCACCACCUCGGCUUCGCAAAUCGCAUCUCCAACUUCAUCUUCAUCAAUCACGCCGAUGUCACCUCUACGAAGCUCCCUCGAGGCUGCUGGCUUCCCACGCCUACGCAGCCGGUCUGAGGUUGACACAGUCAGCCGGGCCGAGCACAUCCGGGAGGCGCGGCGAAAAUUCGAGGAGCGAGAGCGUUCCAAAGAGGAGAAGUACGACCGUGAGCAGGUCAGGAAGCGUGAGCGACGGGAUGCCAAGGAGGCCAGUCGGAUUGAGCGAGAGGCUGCCCUGCAGCUGAAGAGGAUUGGCGGGGUAAGUGGAGUGGGUGGCCAGGCCGGCACUGCUGGUGCUGGUGCUGGUAGAGUUGGUGUUGGGGGUAGCACCACCACUGCCGGCUCUGCUGGUGGAGGCGGCGGCAAAGCAAGCAGGAAGAAUAGCGGUUGUGGGGUUGGGCUGCAGAAUUAUGCUAAUGAUGCGGAUCCGGAGAAACAGUUAGGGUUUAUGAGCUGCAACUAUGACAGUGUGCACGUUCAGAAUCCCCCCGAGUUCGGGCCGGGCGUUGAGGAUGUCCAAUUCAACCAGGCGCAGCCUAGGAGGGUGCGCACGGCGAAGAGGAAGACCCAGGGCUAUUGGCACGGCUUCAUUUUCUGGCUGCGAACGAAGCUGCUCCGGAUG